AUGGCGCUGGAUAACCACGGCCUGGAGGAGUUCCGCCGGCGCUGGCAGGAGGAGCUGGCCCAGGCGCAGGCUCUAAGAAAACGGCGGCGACCCGAGGCUGCCGAGCGCCGGCCGCGGCGGCCUGAGUUGGUCCCUGGCCGCGGCGAGCAGGCCUCUGGGUACCUGGCGCUGGCCCAGGGUCUCCUGGAGGGCGCUGGGCGACCCCCGGCGGCGCGGGCCACACGGGCCGAGAGGCCGGACGCGACAAGUCGUUCUCGCUCCCCUCAGGCCCGUGAAGACACCGGGGGUGGGGACCAGCUGGUGGACCAGCUCAUCCGCGACCUGAAUGAAAUGGAUGAUGUGCCCUUCUUUGAUGUCCAACUGCCUUAUGAAUUGGCAAUCAAUAUAUUUCAGUACCUGGACAGGAGAGACCUCGGAAGGUGUGCACAGGUGAGCAAGGCUUGGAAGGUGACUGCAGAAGAUGAAGUGCUCUGGUUCCGGCUGUGCCAACAGGAGGGGCACCUCCCUGAGAGUAGCAUCUCCGAUUAUUCUUGCUGGAAGCUCAUCUUCCAAGAGUGCCGAGCCAGGGAACACAUGCUAAGAACCAACUGGAAGAAUCGCAAAGGUGCCGUGAGUGAGCUGGAACAUAUUCCUGAUGCAGUUUUAUGUGACGUACAUUCACAUGAUGGCGUGGUCAUUGCUGGAUAUACAUCAGGGGACGUGAGGGUGUGGGACACCCGCACCUGGGACUAUAUCGCCCCCUUCCUGGAAUCAGAGUAUGAGGAGGACGAUCCUGGCAUGCAGCCAUAUGUCUCCUUUGUGAGGAUAAACAGCUCGCUGGCGGUAGCGGCAUAUGAGGAUGGAAUUGUCAAUAUUUGGGAUCUAAGGACUGGAAAGUACCCUAUUCAUCGUUUUGAGCAUGACGCAAGAAUACAGGCCCUGGCCCUCAGUCAGGAUGAUGCGACAGUUGCCACUGCUUCUGCCUUUGAUGUCAUAAUGUUGUGCCCCAAUGAAGAAGGAUAUUGGCAUAUAGCUGCAGAAUUUGAAGUUCAGAAAUUGGUUGACUACCUUGAAAUUGUCCCAGGUACUGAGAGGUACCCUGUGGCAGUAGCCACUGCUGGAGACCUGGUCUACCUGCUAAAAGCUGAAGACUCUGCCAGAAACCUCCAUUACAUCUACGGCCAGCCUGUCACAUGUCUUGAUGUCUCAGCCAACCAAGUUGCUUUUGGUGUGAAGAGUUUGGGCUGGGUGUAUGAAGGAAACAAGAUCCUGGUGUGCAACCUGGAAGCAGAACGCUGCAUCUCGAAGCUGGGUAAUGCGCUUGGUGACUUUACUUGUGUCAACCUUCGAGACAGUCCUCCCAGCCUCUUGGUCAGUGGAAACAUGGACAGGAGGGUGAGGAUCCAUGACCUUCGCACUGAUAAAAUUGCCCUGUCCCUCUCUGCCCACCAACUUGGCGUCUCCUCAGUCCAGAUGGACGACUGGAAGAUUGUCAGCGGUGGCGAGGAAGGCCUCGUGACUGUGUGGGAUUAUCGAAUGAACCAGAAGCUAUGGGAGGUGCAUUCCAGGCACCCCGUACGUCACAUCGCCUUCAACAGCCACAGCCUCAUCACAGCCAACGUACCCUAUGAGAGGGUGGUGCGCAACCCAGACCUGGACAGCAUCACGGCCCACAGGAGGCACCGGGGGCUGAUCCACGCCUAUGAAUUCGCAGUGGACCAGCUGGCCUUCCAGAGCGCCCUGCCCAUCUGCCGCUCGUCCUACGACACCAUGGCUGGCUAUAACUAUGACCUCCCGCUCACCUUCCCCUACGACAGUAUGCGGGAGUGA